AUGACUUUCUUAUAUUCGAUCUUUUCUCUCAACCUUGUCUUCUACUCACUCUCUUCCAUACCUUGGUCAGUCACAGGCGCACCUUCCUCCAUUGAAGACACGACUGGUGCUCUGGCGAGUCAAAGGGGGAAUGAGCACCUCACCACUGGUAUCAUCGAUCCUCCCAACCUUCGACCUACAUCCGAAAAUCGUGCUGUCAGCUUCAAUGUGAACAAUGCAUCAAGCCCAAUCCGAAGGCGGUCUAUCGUCCCCAAUUCAAGUUUACGUCCACGCAUGCCACAAAAUAAUGGUAACAUUGGAAAUCAGAAUGGAGUUCAGAACAACAAUCAGCAAGGACAGAAUUUCGCACAGCAAAACAUCAAUCAGCAAGGACAAAAUAAUCAGCAAGGACAAAACUUCGCAUCACAAACUAACAACGGUAAUAUACUCAAUAAUCAGCAAGGACAAAAUUUCGCACAGCAAAACAUCAAUCAGCAAGGACAAAAUAAUCAGCAAGGACAAAACUUCGCAUCACAAAAUAACAACGGUAAUAUACUCAAUAAUCAGCAAGGACAAAACUUCGCCUCACAAACUAAUAAUGGCAAUAUACUCAAUACCCAGCCAGGACAAAACCUCGCAUCACAAAACAACAACGGAAAUACCAACAACAAUCAGCAAGGACAGAAUCUCGCACAACAAAACAUCAAUCAGCAAGGACAAAAUAAUCAGCAAGGGCAGAAUCUCGCACAACAAAACAUCAAUCAGCAAGGACAAAACUUCGCAUCACAAACUAACAACGGUAAUAUACUCAAUACCCAGCAAGGACAAAACCUCGCAUCACAAAAUAGCAACGGUAAUAUAAUCAAUACCCAGCAAAGACAAACUACCACACCACAAAAUAACAACGGUAAUAUACUCAAUAAUCAGCAAGGACAAAACUUCGCCUCACAAACUAAUAAUGGCAAUAUACUCAAUACCCAGCAAGGACAAAACCUCGCAUCACAAAAUAACAACGGUAAUAUAAUCAAUACCCAGCAAAGACAAACUACCACACCACAAAACAACAACGGAAAUACCAACAACAAUCAGCAAGGACAAAACCUCGCAUCACAAAAUAGCAACGGUAAUAUAAUCAAUACCCAGCAAAGACAAACUACCACACCACAAAACAACAACGGAAAUGCCAACAACAAUCAGCAAGCACAGAAUCUCGCACAACAAAACAUCAAUCAGCAAGGACAAAACAACAACGGUAUCAAUCAACAGGCACAAAACAACAACGGUAACAGUCAGCAAGGACAAAACCGAAAUCAACAAACCGGAGGGGUGACUGUCAUCAACUUUUCCACUCCAGUUCAAAUUUCAGGAGGCAACAGCCGCACUGUUGUACAAUAUGCGGAUGGAUUUAACGUUGACACGAUAUCCGCUAAUCGACAUACUCUCAACGUUCAGUUGAAUCAGAAACCCCCUUCUACCGAUUUCGUCACCCCACUUGAUCCAUCUCGAAGUCCUAUUGGAGGCCCCUGGGUCGCUCUCACCGAUUAUUCGUAUGUGAUGACCUUUGAAAACGCCAACCCCGAUGAUCUGGUGAUGCGACUUCAAGUGCCUUAUAACCAAAAUCAAUUGACUUCACGCGGCGUGAGUGAUAGUAAUGUUUACCUGGCAUUAUAUGAGCCGAUGCGUUCAGGCUGGGUCAUUGAUAUGGAUCGAUCAGAAAAUCGUCGUCAAGCUCGUGUGACCGAAUUGAAUGGAAUUGCUGCUCCGAGAGGCGAAUACAUUCUUCUCGCAAGAAAGACAACCCAAAACAACGACGAAUCAAAUCCAUUCUUGCGUUUUGGAACCUCCUCACAAAACCAAUUUAAUGUCUUACCUCCCCCGCAAGAGGCCAAUAUGCCACCUCUACAGAUCGGCUCAUGGCAAGACGGCAGCAAGGUGAUGGUCAGGAGCUCGGGACCUAUGCAAAUUCAGAUGAGCCUUGGUAACGUCUCCGCUCAAGCCAUUCCACCUGGUUUUCAAUCCCCCAGUCGAUACGCCUGUGUUAUCAGAGUCAAUACAGACCAAGUUACUUCCGUCACACAUCUUCAGAUGCCAUAUGUACCGACUCUACUCACUCAAAGAAGUAUCGAUCCUUCGACUCUCGUGGUCAUGGGUAGACCACUUGGCUCACAAGCACCUUAUCAAGUGCUUUCCUCGACAAGCUUGACGGGUAACAGUGUUUUGAUGAACACGCCUAUGACCAUGGUCUCAGGCGAAUUCUUGCUAGGUGCACCUGGCCAAGCUAUUUCCCGCACCAUCGCUCCACAAAAUCCCGUACCAGGCGCACCAAUCGCUCAACCUCGACCUGUGGGACCCACGGAGGCGUUGAUAUCACCUACAGGAACCGCUGCGUUCGCCCCAGCGCCCCUCGCAGCCACGCCACUGCAGCCAGGAGGAGUUCCAGUCAGUCAGCAGGCUCCGAUUAACCAACCUGCUCUCACCAACCAAGCGCCUUUGAUGCAACAACCAAUGACUGCUCAGCCCUUGAUCCAACCGGCAGCUGCUUCGACAAGCCGUCUUAUUGACCUUACAAAUUCUCAAAAUCCUAGCCAGGAAACUAGUGCGCUUUUUCAGAACGUCCCUGGACUCAACAACCUUACCCCUUCUACUCCCCAAAAUCUCCGUAAUGCUUUUCCAAAUGAAGGACCCCUAUUUAGUUAA